GAGACCUGUGUCCACUUGGUAUUCAUAUGCUAUGGAGAGAUUUAAAAGUUUAUCACUGCAGUUCGGCCCUUGGGAUCCUUACAUUCUGAGGCCCCAACUCAGUAUGGAUUAAUUCUUAGACGUGUGUCCAAGUAUAUCUACAUAAGAAACUUUAUCUCAAGAGUUCUAUUGAUUUCAGAUCAGCAGCUGUGAGGGGCAGAAGCAAUUUCACAUCAACGUUUGGCUUAACAGAAAUGCUUUGCAGGGACCAUGGGAGAUUCAUAUGUAUAACGUUGGCUCUGCUGACCUUUUAUUGUUGCAAAGGACUGGCAUUAGAGGCAGCGGAAUAUUCCAACAAAGGGAGUUCAAAUGCUACAAAAGAGGAUCUAUUGAUAAAUCAUAAUAGAACAAUUGACACUUUCUAUCAUUUAAACAAGGACAAUGAGAAAAGAAACCAGCAUAAAACCGAAGGACUUGUGCCUUUCAUUGGCCUUACAGACAGCAGCAAACUCAGCAAACAUUGCUGCAAUAAUGGAGGAACAUGUGUCCUGGGAAGUUUUUGUGUAUGCCCGAGGUACUUUACAGGACGACACUGCGAAUACGAUGAAAGAGCAAAACACUGCGCAGCUAAGAUCCAACAUGGUGAUUGGAUACGCAAGGGCUGCCGUUUGUGUCGCUGCGCAUAUGGGGUUCUUCAUUGCUUUGUAGAAACACAGACUGAUUGUGAUGAAGUCGAAGAGGAAGAAAUACAUUCCAGUGCACCAAUGGAACAAUCCUCAAUAUACCUUAUUGCAUUUGGCAUCCUUUUCUGCAUUUAUACUUUGGUUUAAUUUUUAUGAACUUGGUUCGCAUUCAAAAACACCAGAGAAAACAAGGCUGCAUUAUCGUAGAAGAUCCUGCAUAGAAAAAAAUCUCACUGCUCUAUAAGCAUAAAUAUCUACAUUAACUCUUCCCAUGGAAGUAAAGAAAUAUUUAUUAGCUGUAUACUAUUUAAUAUAACAUAUUUUAUAAUUUGUAUUAAAACACAUGUAAUUUGUAUUAAUAAACAUAUAUCUAUUU